GUUUAAAGCUGCCUUGCAUUCUACCCAUGGUAGCUGUGUUAAGAUACUACACCCACAGAUUUCAAAAAACGUGUGGUUUGAUACUUCUGGUUGCUUGUUCGCCAGAUUCCUCUAUGACAAAGAUUGGAAAACUGCAAGUAGCUGUCACGAAUUUCAAUGCUGUAUCUAAUAAUUAUGAUUAUUUAAGUGAUAUUACUACUACUAUAUGGCUUUCAUGAA